AUAAUUUCGAUAUCGGAUUAAGCGUCACUUUAGAUUAGAUAUCACACGACAUUGAUAGUGAAAAUUUAUUUUAUCGUGCCACUCUUCUUCAGUAUGUAUUUUCUAAGUAGUUUCUCAUUAAUUAUAGUACACAAUUCAUGAUUCAAAAUAUUUGUGAACAAACUUUCAACGCUAUAUUUUGGCACAAAGAAUGGAUAUAAAUAAUGAAAGAAUAGCAGAUUUAUCAAUUAGUGACAAGAAAAGUGAAAUUGUGCAAUUUGUUUUUGGAAUUUGUGCUUCUCUCUCGGCAAUUGUUUGCGGUGCUUACCAGGCAUGGCCAUCCCCAGCAAUAGCUCAUCUGAGAAGUAAGGAGACACACAUACGAGUAACGGACAAUGAUGCAAUGUGGAUAGUAUCCUUGUACUACGCUGGGGAUUUAGUGGGGAGCUUAUUAAAUUUCUCCCUGAUCGACAGGAUUGGACGAAAAUAUACACUAUUGGCGUUUACAAUUCCAGAAUUGAUAGGAUGGUGUUUGAUCAUCUACGCUAAACAUCCUUUAUUCUUCUACAUCGCUAGAUUUUUGGGUGGAGUUGGCGAGGGUGGCGUUUAUUCCACCCUAAUCAUCUACUUGAGUGAAAUAGCCGAGAAGAAUGUUAGGGGUAUUCUCGUUAACAUAAUGGUGAUUGCAAACUAUAUUGGUGUUUUUAUUUUUACGGCAAUUGCGGCUUACUGGUCGUACGAUACUUUGAACUAUAUGUCUAUUUUCGUAACUAUCAUGUCCCUGUUGAUAUUUCUUAUUCUUCCUGAAACACCUCAUUAUUAUUUGAUGAAGGGUCGCGAUAUGGAUGCAAUGGAUUGUUUAAAAAAAUUGAGAAGAUCUACUAAACCAAGUGUUUUGACGUCCGAUAUGGAGACAAUGAAAUUGGCAAUUGCUGAAGAUCAAAAGGCAAGUACGGCUGGUUUUUGGAAAGUUGUUACCAGUAGUAAUAAUCGGAAGGGUGUUUGUAUUAUUUUUGUCCUGGAGGCUACUGAAUGUUUAUCAGGAAGAUAUGCCACCGUUUCCUAUGCGCACGAAAUAUUUGGUAUGAGUCCCUUACCCUUGAAGCCCGGAAUUCAAGUAAUGAUUAGAAAUGGAAUGCAAUUUCUAGCCUGUGUUGCUGCUACGGGAAUAAUAGAUCGAUUUAACAGAAAAUCACUUUUUUUAACAACUGCUAUUUUUGAUGGACUUUGUCUGGCGGUGGUGGCUUUUUUCUUCUUUUUGAAGAUAUACCUGCUAAUUGAUGUCACGUCUUUUGCCUGGGUACCUCUAGUGGCUCUGACAUCCUACGACGUGAUAGGUUCAUUUGGAGUCAGUCCACUGCCUUACAUCAUAAUUGGAGAACUUUUUCCGAUAAGUAUUAAGGGUCCUAUGGUCGCAAGUGGAAUGAUCUUGGGUCCUGCUUUUAGUUUCAUUACUUCCGCUAUGUACGAGCCGGUGACGAACAAUUGUGGUAUCUAUACAACAUUUUUUCUCUAUUCAAUACUAAUUACAACCGGAGCUGUAGUUAUUUAUCUAAUUCUCCCUGAGACAAGAGGAAGAACUUUGGAGGAAAUUCAAGCAAUUCAAAAUCCAGUAUUAAGACUCAAAAUCGAAUCGAAGAAUCUAAACGAAACAAAAGUGGAUAUUAGUGAAUUAAAAACUUUCAUAGAUAGCGACACCAAUACCUCCUUAACUCAUAGACAUUGGCUAGAAAGUUGAAAAGUGAAUAUUUCAUUAUUUCUCUUCAGUAUUUCUAGAAUCGGCUUUGAGAAUCAUUAAAUAAUUUAAUGAAAUACCUUUUUUAAGAUCUGAUAGCGGAAACGGAUAAAUAUUCAAAGAUCGGAUUUUCGAAUCGGAUGAAUGUUAAUUAUCCGAUAUAGAAAUUAUAUACAUACAAAUUUGUAUAGUCUUAGGCAAUAUUUAUUGUUAUUAAUAUUCCUAACAGCAACAGAUUCUAAUCCUACUGUUGGGGUUCAACCAAAUAGUGAUAUUAUAAAAAAUAUUGGUCGGCAAUUGUAAAUGUAUUAGAAAUAAUAUUUAUAUAGUGAAACAAUAAUUAUUAUUAUAUUAAUAAUAUAUUUUGUCCUUCAUUAAUAUUGUGAAACAUUCCAUAUUCUCAUGUCAAUGUAAAAGAGAUAAAACAAAAAGCAGUAAAUGGGGAUAAACAUUAAAAAUGCCUCUGCUGCUUUUCAAAAGCAUGUGAACCCCCUGAUCUCAGGAUUGGAGGGGAAUGAAUAUUUCAACGUUCACCGGAAGGAAAUUUCCUUGUCGUAAAUUCCUAUUAUUUUCAUCGAAGACGUUUUUUGAAAUAAAAAUAUGUUAUAUUAACGGUAUAAAAAUUUUAUUGGUAGUUUAAUUACUAAUUAAUUAUUAGAUUUAUAUUAUAAUCUUCAAUUUAAAAAUUAAUGCACAUAUAAAGGGUACUUUGAACUUUAUUUUGACAUAUUUAUAAAAAUAAUUUUUUUUAAACUUCUACAAAGAAUUUGGGUGGAUCCUCCGAAGCGAGACAUUUUGCGGUGAGCAGGAUAUUUCUGGACUGGAUCUGCAUCUUCAGCACCUUCUAGAACUUUUUUUUGGUUUUGUUCAUUCACAAUAGGAAGGUAGAAAAAAGGGACAGUGACAAUGUUUACAAGCUUGAUUGUAACUUGAAAAAUAUUCAACGGAUCGUCUUGAAAUUUUCUGAGUGUAGUCUUAAAUACAUUUGUAUAUUUCGAAAAUGCAAUAAAAAAUCGAAUUCUUCAAAAUUCUGAGUGGAUUUGGAAAAGUACGGAUAACAAUCGUAAUAAAUACAUUUGCGGUCAGAACAUCUAUUCAAAGACCCUUCAACUUUCAAGAAACCUUUAAAAAAUUCAGAACUAUAUAAAAAAAGGGGUUGAGCACAACUGAAUUCAUAUAGAAGAAAUAAAUAUUACAAUGGCUUUUCGCGCCAAGGAGAGAAACUUUUUCGCGCUUAUUACCCCCUGGAAUAUAUUCGUUGGGGGAGCGAGUUUCACGGGACUCGUUUCUCGACAGCUUAUCUGGAAGGGAUGUACAAUUUUCUGUCUCCGUAGUCCUCUGAAAAAGUCCCUCCCAUCCUGGUCGUAACAGAACCCUCGUCGUUGUCGUGGUGGGCUGAAGGCAUCCCAUGUGCCAUGGUGUGUAUAUACGCCAGUGUGGUGUGGUUAUUGCAGUCAUGGUAGGGUCGAUACUUUCACGUACACACAUUUAUAUAUAUAUACAUAUAUAUACAGAGGAGAGUAGUAGACAUUCCAACGUGUUGGUAUACGCAGUUCCAAUUACGACGUUUUAGAAAAGCUUGGAAAGAGGAACUCUCUGGAUAACCACCCUCAUGCCCUCAGGCCUCGACCAUCCCAACUACAGAUCUCGUAGUGCAGUCUCGUUAGAUUUUCUUAUUCGGUUAUAUAUCGGCAUUGCCUAUGCCUGCAAUAACCUCUUGCCCCCUUCUACAUUCUCCUUCUCUAUCUCUCUCCAACCACCCACUAUUUUCAAACCUCCUGGUUUUAUAUGUAUAUCUUUCUCACUCUCUUCUCUCUUAUACACACGCUUGGCUUAUCUUACUCGUUUUAUGUCCUUCCAUUUCCACCCCUAGCCGAUUUCCGUGUUCAGUAGUAGAGUCAUUAUUAGGUGUAUCGCAUCCGCAUUUUGUGUUUCUUAUUUAUUGGUUAUCGCCAGUUACAUUGUACCAUUUAUUUAUAGUUUUCGGGCUCCUUGGUGCAUUUCUUCGGUGAUAAAAAUAUAUCAAGAGUAUUUUCAACAGAAGACAGUAAAAUACCUUAGAUAAUCCAUAAUUAUUAUCUCUCUGAUGAUUCCACUCAAUAUGGAUUGUCUUUCGCUGAUUACGAAUCUAAAGACAGAUUAACAAAAUCCAAAAUGGCGGAUCCAAAAUGGCGGUAGUUUUUUAAAUACUAACCAAAUUGUUAUGAAACUUAGUAUCCAGAGGGUUUUAAGAUAGCUGAUUACGAAUUGAACCUCUUCAGCCACCCUAUCGUGGUAACUUAAACGACCUAGGCACCUGGUAUAUUAGAUUUUUUAUUUUACAAAAACCUUUUAACUAGAGUACAUAGUAGAACAAUUUUUUUAUCACAUCAUGCAUCAAAUCCGUAUGAAAAAUGAAAUAUAAUCACUAACAGCUUAUCAAACAUCAAUUUCAAAAUCAAUUUUAAUUUAUCAGAUUCCAUGAAAACUAUCUUUGGAAUUUAAUUUGUGACAACCAGCGAACGAGUUUUUCUAUAUA